AUGUCAGUUACUCUCCACACGAACCUCGGUGAUAUCAAGAUAGAAGUCUUCUGCGAGAGCGUGCCAAAAACAGCUGAGAACUUCCUCGCCCUCUGCGCAUCCGGCUAUUACAAUGGCUCAGCCUUCCACAGACUGAUCCCCAACUUCAUGAUCCAGACUGGAGCCCCUCCAUCCCAACCCAAGGGCGGCGUCUCAAUAUGGGAAGAACCCUUCGAAGACGAGAUCUCACCCGCACUACGACACAACGCACGAGGAAUCGUUAGUAUGGCAAAUAAAGGUCCCGCAACGAACGGCAGUCAAUUCUUCAUCUGCUUCGACAAGGCACCUCAUCUGGACGGCAAGAAUACGGUGUUUGGUCAUGUACUGGGAGACGACAGUUUGGCAACCUUGGCUAAGAUGGAGAAGAUUGAGGUGGAUAAGAAGAAUAGACCCAAGGAGGAAAUCAAAAUUGAAAGCAUAACUAUGCAUGCCAAUCCAUUGGCUGGUUAA